GAGAGGUCUCCUCCAUCCAGAGAGGUCUCCUCCAUCCAGAGAGGUCUCCUCCAUCCAGAGAGGUCUCCUCCAUCCAGAGAGAGGUCUCCUCCAUCCAGAGAGGUCUCCUCCAUCCAGAGAGAGGUCUCCUCCAUCCAGAGAGGUCUCCUCCAUCAGCCGGACCUCCACAGCUCAUCAUGUCCAGCAAAGGGAAGAAGCAACUUUGCCAAAUAUGUGGCGGGAAUCUUCAGGGGAAUCAGCGGCGAUGGCUGUUUGCCUCCCAGAGCAGGAGGACCGGUCAGCCCGGGACCCCCACGGAGUCCGUUAGAAGUGGAAGCCUGUCCCUGUCCACCCGCAGCAGUCCUUGGGGCAGCACAUCAUCGCUGGGCUCCUCAACGUCUCUGUCCCAAAUAUCUGUGAGCUCCCCGUCCAAAGCGGUGGACAUACUGGCCGUGCUGACCCACAUACUGGGACAUCCGGUCCCCAGGGACAGCAGAACAGGAGAGUUUGUCUGUGGAAAAUGUGUUUCUGCUCUGGAGCGAGUGUUUAAGUUCGACUCGGUCAUCGCCCGGGUCCGGGUCCUUUCCUCUGAGCGUCUUCAGAAGCUGACCCAGGAAAGGGACAAGAUCAGACAGUGGGUCCGCCAGAACUACCGACAGAGACACCCACAGGACCCCCGGAACAAGAGCAGCACCAGCGAGGACGAUGGCGAGGCGGAGAAGGAGGGCUACAGGGAGGUGCUGAAAGACAACAUGGCUCUGUCAGAGUACGAGUGCUGGUCCGACAAGUGGGACACGUGUCCCUAUUUCAUCAGGACGGGGAAAAGAUGCAGGAGGGGUAAAGGAUGUGAGGGCUGCGAUUCCUUACGGGUCUCCGAUUCCGACUAUGAGUCGGUGUGUGGGAUUCCUCGCCACCUGCCUUUCCAGGCCGUCUCUCCACUGGAGCUGACCCGAGACAAAUCCCAGAGCAUGCCCCUCCACUGGCAGAGGGUCCCCAACUCCAGCCCCGCCUCCCUGACCGGCUCCAGCCUCUCGCUGAGGGCGCCUUCACACACAGAGUCCGUCCAGUCUCUGGACUCUGUGGACAGCCACGACCCGUUCGGCUCAGCGGGUGAUACGGCCGUUAGCUUUGUGCUAACGGAGCUGAGACGAAUGGAAGGGAAGCCGCUCUGCUCCCCCUCAGGCAGCAGGAUCCCAGUUCUGGGCAGGAAGGACAGGAAGACCUCAGGAAGAGAUGAAGGGCUGAUGUCUCCCAGAGUCAGUCGAGUUCUGAACUUUGGGGACUUGGAGAACGGGGGAAGUGACCUGGAUGAGGAGGAUGCAGAUGUCCUGACAGAGCUGAAGGGCGAGUUCCUCCCGCUUCAUCGAGAGAAUGGAACUGGCAGGCUUCAAAGUGCUGUGAGGCAGCUACGAACCCAACUGGAGCAGGCUACUACUCGGAUCAGGACACUGGAGGCGGAGCUAAGAAGAGAUGGACCAACCAGACCAGCUAAAGAGGAGGCAUCAGAGGACCUGACCUUGCUGAACCAGGAGGACGGCGGCGACUCGGUGCUGCAGAUCCUUGGCCACGCCCUUCACAGCCGGGAGCGUCUGAUCCAGGAGUUCUUGGUUCUGAUCCGAGGAGCGAGUUUGCAGGAGGGAACGGCAGCUGAACUGGAGAAGAAGCUGGUAGAGACCCUGAAGGAAAUCCUGUCUGACAGCAAGGCGGCUCUGGAGGCUCUGAGGUCCGAGCUGACAGAACAGAAGCUCCUGGAGGAGGAGAUGGAGGCGCUGAGAAGAGCUGGACGGGAGCGUGAGAAGGACCUGGACGCCCUGAGCGCCGUGCUGCAGUUCAACCAGGAUCUCAUCAACGAGCUGCGAGUGGCUCUGAGGGAGAAGGAGGAUCUGCUGAAGGAGGCGCAGAAGGAACGGGAGCUUUGGAGGCAGAGGGACGGCGCCGUCGCUGCCGUCUUGAAGGAGAAGGAAGUUCUGAUCCAGAACCUUCAGCAGGAGCUGGAAUUGUCUCCAGGAAGUGAAGGCCAGCCUGCAGCUUUGAGAAGCACAGAAAACAGCGCCACCUUGUGUCAGCAGGUCACCCAGCUGACUGCAGCUCUGCAGGAGAGCCAGGAGCAGCUGCAGGCUCAGCAGCAGAGCCACGCCCAGACGCUCUCCUCUGUGACGGCUCAGCUCACAGACGCUCAGCAGCAGCUGAGGGAGAAGGAGAAGGAGAAGAAGGAGGCCCACAGAGAGCGGCGGUUCCACCAAGAGGAUGGCGAGCGGCGGGAGAGGAGGCUGAGGGAGAGUCUGCAGAAGAGGGACCUCCUGAUCCAGCAAAUCCUGGCGGAUGCAGAGGAUCGGGACGGCCUGUACCAGAACCUGCAGCACAAACCAGAACCCCUGACGGCCGUCAAACACACGCUGUGACGGAGCAGGAGGCGCGUUUGGACCCCAUGGGUUCUGCUCCUCAGCUGUGGACCCGGUCGGGUCGUUGCAGAACUGGGUCUUUGGUUCUGGUUCCUCUAAUCAUCAGAAUGUAGUUAUAGUGAUUGAUUGGCUGGAAGGGAUUUUAUCUCAGGAAGGGGGGCGGGGUGUUGGGUGGGGGGGCAAUUGGGUCUCAGUUAAAAAAA